UCUUUGACGAUUCUGCUUUUGUUGAAUAGAAGAAGUUCUAACAUCCGGCUGUGGAGCGCCCUUUCGGUGUAUUUGUGUUCUGAAAUUGGACAGAGAAAUUAUCAAUAAGCUGUCAAAUUUAUCAGCGUCGAAGUCCAGGGAUCAAGAGGUGGAUUUGAUGUGACGUGUUGAUGUUGAGAGACCAAGCGAUGUCUGUGGUGUUUGACGGGAGUCCGCUGAAAGCGAUGCAGAGCUCACACACUCUCACAGCGCAGACUGCCCUGAGUGCUCAGGAACUGUCUCAGGAGAUCAAGUCCUUCAUCAGCGGCAUUGACACUGUUCAGGGUCGGAAGCUCAGUGUCCGUGAACAUGCGCGAUGUGCUGUGCGUCUGCUGCGCUCGGUCCCUGCCUGCCGAGGUGCUGUGCUGGAGCAUCUGAGAGGUGUUUAUGAUGAGUAUGUCUCUGCUUUCCUGCACAACCUGGAGACAGAGGGCGAUACCAGCUCUGGGGUCAGCUCAAACCUGGAGGACAUCAUUCAGGAGGUUCAUGGUGUUCUGUCAGAGUUUAUUCGACUCAACCCGCGGGCCUGGGCCCCUCUGGUAUCCACGUGGGCUGUGGACUUGUUGGGUCAGCUAAGCAGCAAACAUGCCGGCCGCAGGGUGGCCCCACACUCCUCCAGCCUCAAUGAGCUGCUCCAGCUCUGGAUGUCCUGCUCUGCCACUCGCUCCCUGAUGGAAGCUUACUCCCAGUGUUUGGCUGCCAUGUUGGCCUGGUGCCCUGACGCCUGUGUGGAUGCACUGCUGGACACCUCAGUUCAGCACUCUCCACACUUUGAUUGGGUGGUGGCUCAUAUUGGCUCAGCCUUUCCAGGAACUAUCAUCAGCCGAGUCUUGGCAUGUGGACUCAAGGAUUUCUGCUCUCAUGGCACGAAGGAGCAGGGGCUGAUGGGGAUGGGAGUGGAUAAAGGCAGCAGGGUGCCCAAGAUUGGCUCAGUCGUGGGAAUCCUUGGACACCUUGCAGCUCACCACUCAGACAGCAUCAGGAAGGAGCUGCUCAGGAUGUUUCAGGAAAGCUUGAGUCCAUCAAGCCCUCUAUCUCCAACUUCAUCCUCCACAUCUUGGGAGAGCUCACCUCAACUCCGUCGUGCUGCGGUGCCAUUUUUGCUGCAAUUGGCUGCUAUGUCCCCCAACCUCUUUGGUGCUGUGUCUGCAGAGCUGGUAGAGCUGCUACGCCCUCCUGUCCUGCUCCAGCUGCAAGCCUUGCUGCAGAGCCUCCCCCGAGAGGAGCUUGAUAACAUGCUGGGCUUGGCUGUUCACCUCAUUAGCCAGAGUCCAUCAGGAGGGUCCCGUGUGCUCCGUUUUCUGGCCGACACAGCUACCCCGGCCUCUGUCAUCAUCUCCGGGCCGACACCCUCCCCUCAUGAAGGAGUCAGAGAAGGUUGUGAUCGUCUUCUCCAGAUGCUGCUCCUGCAUCUUCACAAGCUGGUCUUCAACCGCUCUGAUGGGAGUGAAGUAAACCCUCUUCACUUUGCUUCCUCUCAGCCUCAGAGAGUUAUCCCCUUCCUGGAAGAGCUGCAGUCUCAUAUAGGUGAGCUCUGUGCGGAGACCCUGCGACUGGAGAGGAAGCGUCACCUCUGGCUUCACCAGUUGUUGUGUCUGCUGUCAGUGUACGGAGGUCCAAGCGUGGCCACUGAGGCUCUCUGCCAGCUACUCACCCAGGCCCGCAACCCAGAGGAGCUGGCUCUGGCCUGGCAGCUCCACACCACACUCUCCUCCUGCAUGGCUGGACUCAUUCCUGCUGCUGUAGCUCGCUGUGUAGCCCAGAUCCAUACUCACACUCUGGGGCCCAGGCAGCUGAGGCAGCUGUUGCUUAACCUGGCUGCAGCCAUCCAGAGUCAGGAUGAGGAGAGAAGAGGAGCAGCUGUAGGCCCUCAGUCCUCCAUGGCCAUCCAGGUGGGCUCAGCGGUCUCUGGAAACCUCCAUGAUUUUGGCCCUCUCCUCCUUCAUGGGGACCCGGCUGUAUCUUAUGCUGCUGUGCGCCUCCUGUCCUGUAGCCCGCUCCCUCGUACCUCCUCCCCGGCACAACUGCUCCUACUCUCCCGUACGUCUGUCACUCAUUUCUUUCUGGUGCUGCGGAGGAGAGGUGAGGUGGGCAAAGUAGGGAGAGAUGGGGGACAGGCAGGCGAGGCGGUUAACUGUUCAGUGCUGCUCCUCUCUCGUCUGGCAGCAUAUUCUCCACUCACUCUCAAAGCCGUGCUUCAGCAGCUGGUUGAGGGAGCGCUCCAUAAAGGUAAUGCUGAUCUGUUUGGAGGGCAGGCCACAGACAUGUCUGGUGCUCCGAUUACUGCACCAUCUGUGUCCCCUGACCUUGGAGCCUCUCUGCUGGAUGUUAACUGCCGGUUUGGUACCACAGUCAACUUUUCUGGCAGUGUGUGGUCAGUUUUUCAUGCAGGAGUGAUUGGCAAGGGGCUGAAGGUCCGCACUGCUAGACACGUACCUGACCCAUCAGGGGUCAUCCAGAAUGUCCAGACACUCAUGUGUGUUGUAGUUCAGUGUUGCAGCUCCUCCGGUCUCAACGGCUCCAUCAAUGGCUCCCGGCCACCAUCAGACCCUGAUGAGCCGCUACCCAUUAACGCAGAGGCUGCCAAAGUUGUGGCAGUGACUAUGGUGGAAAACAUUUGUCCAGAUGUUGCCAACAGUGAGCUGUCCUGGCCCCCAGAAGAGCACGCCCGCACCACAGUGGAGCGAGACAUCCAUAUUCGGCGUUGCUUUGAGGCCCAUCCUGUGCUAUUCCCUCUACUGCAGGUGGUGGCAGCUGGACGCCCAGCUCUCUGCUACUGCUCUGCCGUGCUCAGAGGCCUCCUUGCAACUCUGCUGGCCCACUGGGAGGCUUCCCGCGAGGUGUUGUCUACAGACUCCCCAUGGCACCUCCAGGCCUCCUGCCUCCUGGUGUCCUGCAUGGGAGAGGGCCAGCUCCUGCCCCCUGUCCUGGCCAAUGUCCAUGAAGCCUUCCCCAACAUCACUCCCUUUGAAGUGAGGCUGCUGCUCCUGGCUGUGUGGGAGUACGUGAGGGGCAAUGGGCCCAUGCCCCAGAAGUUUGUGUUCAGCUCAGAGAGGGGCUUGUUUUGCAGGGAUUUCUCACGGGACGGUGACGUAGCAAGAUAUGUGGCUCCAAUUCACAGCGUCCUUCAUAAAAACAUUGAUAGAUUGGGACACCUGUGCUGGCGAUUUCAGCUCUAAAAGGUAACGAGGAGAGAACUGUGAGCAGCAUGUGACAGGAAGUAAAGAUGGUAUAAUAGACAGAAAACUGUUUUACAUCGCUCCAAGACUGGACUGCAAAGUUGCCAUCACUGUACUUAAGUUUAAGUUAAGUAUAGCUAUGUGGACAUGUGUGUGUGUGUGUGUGUGUGUGUGUGUGUGUGUGUGUGUGUGUGUGUAUGUGUGUCCCUUUUGUACCAUAUUUUUAGACAAUGUUUCUGACUGAUGCGUUAUGUGAACAAAACAAGGGGGCAAGAGAGCUGACAAAACUGCUCCUCCCAAAAACAUCCUGUGUGUCAUGUUGGUUAGAAAAUUCAAUUCAACUCUGCUAAAUCAUUUGUGAAUUAUUUUGUAUUUUCCCGAUUGUUCACAUCGUAAUUUCGUCUCCAAAAACAUGGAGUGAAUUGUUCUUCAAAUGCAAACUUUUGUUUAAACCGUUUUACUGAAUAAAUCUGAGUUUUGUCCUUAA